AUGGCAUUUUUGCAUAUCUUCAUUUUCUACAGAUAACUGUUUAGAAUUCACUGGCGCGUUUGAUUGAAGCUCUUUACCGACCCAUCACUGAUCACUCAUUUUCAAAGUCAAGCCUGGUUUGCUUUGGUUUCGCUCUUUUUCUUUUAUGGUUUAAGAGUUUGUGUGCUCUGUAUUCUUCUACAAUUUCUCUAUUACUUCUUGGUUUCCAGUUUUAACCAAGAACAUUGAAACUUUCAUUUCUUUCUGGUCUUAAACAAUCUUGUUGUAGUGAAAUUAGAUGCUUAAAGCAAUCAACUUGAAUUUAAUUUGCAUUGUUUUUUAAAUUUUGAUUAUUAUAUCCCUUUUUGUUUUUUUUGCCUAAAAGCAUUUGGGUUGUAUCAAGCUUUCGUGCCUCCUCAUCAUUUCCAUCUCUUAAGACUAUCUGUAAGUAAUUUGUUGAAUGGCCUAUACAAGAGGGUACCAAUACUCUUAUCAUGUCAUCUUAAGCUUUAAAGGUGAUGACACUGGCAAGAAUUUUAGUGAUCAUCUUUAUGCAGCAUUGGAGCAAGCUGGAAUUCACACUUUCAGAGAUGAAGAUGGAAUUGAGAGAGGAGAUGAUGUUGAUGUGGAGACUGAAAAAGCGAUGCAAGGCUCGAAAAUGUGCCUAAUAGUGUUCUCCAAAGACUAUGCCUCUUCAAUAUGGUGUCUUAAUCAACUUGUGAAGAUAAUGGAACAAAGGGAAAUUAGUGGUUUUGUUGUUAUGCCGGUUUUCUAUGAUGCAGAUCCAACACAAGUCUGGGAACAGAGUGGGAGUUAUGCAGAAGCAUUUGCUAGACAUGAACAGCAAUUUAAGGAUGAGAUUGAUAAGGUGGAGAAAUGGAGGGCAGUGCUUAGAGAAAUUACAGAUUUGAGUGGGAUGGACUUACAAGGAAGGCAUGAGGCAGAAUUUAUUCAGGACAUUGUCAAAAAGGUUGGAAAAAGACUGAAUCGUUCAGUAUUACUGCAUGCUCCCUCAUAUUUAGUUGGAAUAGAUUCUCGUGUAAAAGAUAUUAACAUAUGGCUGCAAGAUGGGUCAAAUGGGUCUUGCAUAGCAAUAAUCUAUGGGAUUGGAGGUAUUGGAAAGACAACCAUUGCUAAGACAGUUUAUAAUCUAAAUUUAGAUAGAUUUGAAGGCAGUUGCUUUCUGGCUAAUGUCAGAGAAACCUCGAAAGAUCCUGAUGGUUUGAUUCUCUUGCAGAAGCAACUUAUUGAAAAGUUUCUAAAUGGAAAGACAUACAAAAUAAAAAGUGUAGAUGAAGGAAGUGUUAGGAUCAAAGAUGCAAUAAGCUGCAAAAGAGUUCUUAUUGUUCUUGAUGAUGUGGAUCAAUUGGAACAAUUAAAUGCAAUUUUUGGAACAUGGGAUUGGCUUUAUGAAGGAAGUAAAGUGAUCAUAACAACUAGACAUGAGCGUCUACUUGGUGCUUAUGAAACAUACAAAAAAUUUAGAGUUAAGGAGUUGGAUGACAAUGAGUCACUUCAGCUCUUCAGUUGGCAUGCCUUCGGACAAGAUUAUCCUAUUGAAGGUUACAAAGAGCACUCAGAGAAAGUAAUAAGCCACUGUUUUGGAAUCCCAUUAGCUCUUCAAAUUUUUGGUUCUUCUCUAUCUGUAAAUAUUGCAGAUGAAUGGGAAAGUGCAUUAGAAAAGUUGAGAGCAAUUCCUGAUAGUAAACUUCACAAGAUUCUCCGAAUAAGCUAUGAUUCUCUACAAGAUGAUCAUGACAAAAAUUUAUUUCUUCACAUUGCCUGUUUCUUCAUUGGAAGAAAUGGAGAUUAUGUAAUUAAAAUAUUAGAUGGUUGUGAGUUCUACACAAAAGUGGGACUUCAAAAUCUCAUUGAUCGAAAUCUUGUCACUAUCAAUGAAGACAAUAAACUGAUGAUGCAUCCUUUGCUUAGAGACAUGGGAAGGGAAAUUAUUCGCCAAGAAGCACCUGAGAACCCGGGGAAACGUAGCCUGCUAUGGUAUCAUGAGGAUGCAUUUACUGUCUUGAGAGAAAAUAUUCAGGGUACGGAAGCAAUUAAAGGCCUCACCAUCAAUCUGCGUGCUAUAAUGGCAGACCAGCAGCAUACAAUUUCUUGUAUAAAUUGUGCAAAACGACAAUAUUAUGAAGAUCUGAUCUCCAAAUCCAGGCCAAAACGACUUCGUCUUGGCUUCUUAUCCUGGCAAUCUGCAGAGAUUGGCACUUCAACCUCAUUUCCUGUGUCAAAUGAAGUAGUUUUUGACACAAAGCCAUUUGCAAAGAUGCACAAAUUAAAACUGCUCCAACUUAGUUAUGUAAAACUCAUUGGAGGAUAUGAACAUUUUCCUAAAAGUUUAAUAUGGUUGUGUUGGCAUGGGUUCCCUUUGAAAUCUUUACCAUCCAAUUUAUACCUGGGGAAGCUUGUUGUUCUUGACAUGCGAUAUAGUGGUAUAAAACAUGUUUGGAGUGGAAAUAGGGUUCUUGUACAAUUGAAAAUCCUUAAUCUUAGCCAUUCCCAUGACCUUGUCAGCACUCCUGAUUUCUCAGGGCUACCUAAUCUUGAAAUAUUGAAGCUGAAAGAUUGCAUAAAUUUGGUGGAAGUUCAUGAAUCUAUUGCAGACCUCAAGAGACUUGUUCUCUUAAACUUGAAAGAUUGCAAAAGGCUCAGGAAGCUUUCAAGAAAAUUUGUGAUGUUGAGAACACUUGACAAACUUAUUCUUUCUGGGUGCUCAAAACUUGACCAGCUGCCCAGCGAACUGUGGAAAUUGGAAUCACUAAAGGUGCUUCAUGCUGAUGGUAUGGUCAAUUCUACUACUACAUCACGACAGUCGACCUUCUGGUCCUGGUCAUCACGAAGGCAAGGCAGGGAGUCCUCUUUGUCAUUGACCUUUCUACCUCAUUCUUUAGAAUGCCUAAGUCUUGGAUAUUGCAAUCUAUCGGAUGAUGCCAUUGACUUCACUAGCCUUCCCUCCUUGAAAUAUUUAAAUUUAAGUGGAAACUCAAUUUAUUGCCUACCUGAAACCAUAAACAGCCUUACUAAGCUUGAGAUCCUUAUAUUAGAUCACUGCAAGAAUCUCCAAUCACUCUCUAAACUUCCAUCAAGUUUAAAGGAAUUGAGCGCAGAAAACUGUGAAGCAUUGGAAAGAAUUACAAAUCUGCCAAACUUGAUGCGAUCAUUGAUGCUAAACCUCACCGACUGCAAACAAUUAAUUGAGGUUCAGGGCUUGUUCAAGUUAGAGCCAAUAAGCAAUCUUGAUAGGGAAAUGGCCAAUGAAUUGGGCUUCUGCAUCUUGAAGUCUGCAGAAAGCAUUAAAGUUGAAAUGUGCAGCGUUAUGAUGAUGACAUCAAGGAUUAUCCCUCCCCAGGUUUUACAUGAAUGUGGCAUAAGUAGCAUAUUUCUUCCAGGAGAUGAAGUUCCAGGCUGGUACAACCCGCAAAAUGAAGGGUCAUCCAUAUCUUUUAGCAUUGCCCAAUCUCAUGGUUGCAAUGUCCUUGGUUUAAACAUAUGCACCGUGUAUACAUGCAAUAAUAUACGAAAUGGACCAGGUGAUCAUCUUUACACAAAGGUUUGGAAUAAAACCAAGGAUCUGAGGUGGACCUAUAGCCCAACAUUUCAUGGAAUUCCUGAAACAGAUGAGAUUAUGCUAUGGUUAAGCCACUGGAAGUUAGGGGAUCAGCUGGAAGUUGGAGAUGAAUUGAAUGUUUCAGUGGUUAUGUCAACUGGUUAUCAGGUGAAAAAGUUUGGCAUCCAUGUUGUGUAUGAGCAGGAAAAAGAGAAUACCCAGCUGAACAGCAAAGAAACAAAGGAAAAUAUCUCGUCCUGGUACCAAACUUCUGACAAUUUGGAUAUGGAGUUGUACAGGGUAAGAAGGGAUGCUUUUUACCUCAGCAAUCAUGAUUAUUUAAUUCACCAAGAAAUAUCAGAAAGUGGUUGGGAUAACUCGAGGUGGUACAGCCAUUUAUUUGAGCAAUAAACAGAAAUUAGAGACGUAAGUUUUUUGCCCAGUUCAGUUCACUGAGAUGUUUAGCAAGUUGUUUACUUAUGAACCCAGUCAUACUUUCAUGGUAUCUCCUCAUCCCCCCGUCAUUGUUAAUUUUAAGAGUAAAAGUUCUUUGCUUGCGUUUUCCCUGAUAUGCGUUGAAAUUCUCCAAUUUAUAGAAAGUAUUACGUAUUUUAUAA